GCUAGCUAGCAUUGAAUGGUAUUAGAUGCAUUGCUUGAUCCUAUGUAUAAAGCCACAUACAUUGCAAGAGAAAAAGAUCAUCAAAGUUCAAAGAAGCUAAGAAAGAGGAGUGAGAUGGUUCAGGAACUUAAGGUGUUUCGCGCCAGGGGGAGCCCCUUUAGCUUUCGAGUUGAGCUCGCGCUACGAAUGAAGGGAGUCGACUAUGAGUCGGUCGAAGAGGACCUUGCGAACAAGAGCGAGUUGCUCCUCCAGUACAAUCCAAUCCAUAAGAAGAUCCCCGUGCUCCUCCACGACGGAAAGCCGAUCGCGGAGUCACUAGUUAUUCUCGAAUACAUUGAGGAGACUUUCGAAGGGCAUCCUAUUUUGCCUGCAGAUCCUUACAAGAAGGCCAUGGCGCGAUUCUGGGCUAAGUUCAUCGACGAGAAGUGCUCGCCGGCAUUUUGGAUGUCCUGCUGGGCCGAAGGCGAGGAGCAGAAGAACUACAUUGCGCAGUCGAACGAAAACCUAGACAUUCUCGAGGAUCAGCUCAGAGGGAAGAAGUUCUUCGGCGGCGACUCGAUUGGGCUCGUCGACAUAUCCGCGAGCAUUAUAGCUCACUGGGGUGGAGUGUUACAGGAGGUGGCAGGGAUAAGCUUGAUCAAUGAAGAGCAGCACCCAAUUUUGUGCAGAUGGAUUGAAGAUUAUGUGAACUAUCCUACUGUGAGGGAGUGCUUACCUGCUAGAGAAGGGCUUCUUGCACUCUUUACAGCUAACAAAGAAGCCAUCAUGGCCACCAAAGCUCCAGUUUAUAAGUAGUGUUAACUCUAAAUUUGUCGAACAAAUUUAUAUAUAUAUAUAUAUA